UCACGCUUACACUCCUCUUCUUUAGUUCUUACCUCUCCAAACCCUAGCCUCCCUGAUCCAUCCGCUCCUCGAAAUUUCGGCGGCUGAUGCCUCCGCCAUCGGCGCCGUGGUCGCCUAGCAGCUCUUCUAUCUAGGUUUCGUCGGUCCCUCUUCCUCACCCCGCCCCCAAGAUCUGCGCGACGUUUUGAGCUCUCCGUGCUGUUCGGGCGGCCAUGAACAGCGCGUUCAGCGAGGACAUACUCGCUGACAAGCUCGCCAAGCUCAACAACACGCAGCAAUGCAUCGAGACACUGUCGCAUUGGUGCAUUUACCAUAGAAAGAAUGCAGAGCAAAUUGUUCAGACUUGGGACAAGCAGUUCCACAGCUCUGGCAAGGAGCAGAUGGUCCCUUUCCUUUAUCUUGCUAAUGACAUCUUACAGAACAGCAAGCGCAACGGGACAGAGUUUGUAGAAGAAUUUUGGAAAGUUCUCCCUGGGGCGCUUAAAAAUGUAAGCGAGAAUGGUGACGACCGUGGGAAGAAGGUGGCAUCUAGGCUGGUUGACAUAUGGCAAGAAAGGAGAGUUUUCGGUUCACGUGCUGGGGGCAUCAAGGAUGUGAUGCUUGGGGCAGCUCCCCUUCCUGAUUUAGAUAUGACCAAAAAGCGCUCUCACAGUUCUUCAAUAAGGAUUGUUAAAAGAGAUUCGCGUUCUGUGAAACUUAGACUAGGCAUUGGAGGAACUGCAGAGAGGAUUGUAUCUGCAUUGCACACUGUUCUCAGUGAACAAGCAGAUGAGGAUGCUGACCUGGAAAAAUGCAAGACUUCUAUGCGUCGUGUUGGAAAGAUGGAGAAGGACGUCAACAGCGCUUGUAUCAGAGCCCAAGAUCCUCGUCGUGAGGGUCUUUGCACAGAACUAAAGGAUGAGGAGGCUAACAUGAAAAAUUGCAUCGAAAAGCUAAAAGUUGUUGAGACAAAUAGAGCAGCUGUUGUGUCUGAAUUGAAGGAGGCAUUGCAGGAACAGGAAUCUGAACUGGAGAAAGUCCGCACUCAGUUACAGCUAGCUGAAGCAAUGGUGCAUGAAGCCUCCAACAUGCAGCGGAGACUCAAGAAUGAGCCAACCAUUCCGCUGCCCAAAUCAGCAUCUUCAGUAGAGCCAGGAAAGGUGCUUUCCAAUGGGCAAGUAAAGGAGCAGCAGAAGACAGCUGCUGCUAUCCUUGCGGACAAGAUUGCAGCAUCAUCGAACUCUCAGCAGAUUCUGCAAUCUGCACUUUCCAAGUUUGCUGCUGAAGAAGCGAAGAAUUCAUCUGAAGCACGCUCAGAUAAGAGGCAAAAAACUGACCAACUUUCGCAGGUACCAAGCGUCGCGAAUGCUGCUGCUUUCGUUCCAAUGCCACAAGUGGUUGCCACAGCAGCUCAGCAGCAGCCCCAGGCAAUGUUAGUGCAACAAGCACCUAUGCAGAGCCAAUCCCCUGCAUCUCAGCCUCAGUACAAUAUCUACCAGGCCUCUCCCCAGCAGUUUGUCCCUCAGCCUGGAGGUGUAAUGAUGGGCAUGCCUUACAACAUGAGCACCAUGGCCCCGCCACCUCCGCCUCCACCACCCCAGAUGAUGAACCUAGGAAGGCCCUCACCUUCAGCUCCACAGCCUCAAAUGGCUGUCAUGCCGCAGAGCCAGCCACCAACUCCACCGAUGCUUCAGCAGCAGAUGCCAAUGAACCUAGCGCCUCAGAUGCAGUUUGCCCUUCAGCCGCCUGGUAUUCCACCUUUCAGGCCCUUGCAGCCACCUCCUGGGAUGCAAUACUUCCAUCCCCAAUCUCAGUGACAGUUUUGGUAGCCCAGCCCUGUUAAACUUUUUGACAGGUUUUCGAUUUAGCGUUGACUGGUAGGCAGGAUCUGACUUGCUGUAGAGUAUACUGUUUGUGCUGUUCAUUUCACCAUGUUGUACUGUACAUGUAAUGCGAGGAGAGUUAAAGAGCGAGGAGAGUAAAAGGAAGAUUAAAGAUUCACAUAGGCCUGUUUCGUUCUCGUACAGCUGCACCGUAUAUGAUUUAAUGGGGGAACCGAAUUUUAGAAAAUGGAGGUUGUUGGUAGAUUGUA